UGGAUAUACCCCUCUGAUAGUUGCUUGUCACUAUGGAAAUGCCAAGAUGGUGAACUUCCUGUUACAGCAAGGGGCCAGUGUCAACGCCAAAACCAAGAAUGGAUAUACACCCCUUCACCAGGCAGCACAACAAGGGAAUACACACAUUAUCAACAUGUUGCUACAACAUGGCGCCAAGCCCAAUGCUACCACAGCGAAUGGAAACACUGCUCUGACGAUUGCCAGACGUCUGGGCUACAUCUCUGUAGUGGACACACUUAAAGUCGUCACUGAGGAGGUCAUCACUACCACAACGACGGUCACAGAGAAACACAAGCUCAAUGUUCCUGAGACCAUGACAGAAAUCCUUGAUGUGUCUGAUGAAGAAG